AUGAAGUUCACUGCUGCCAUUGCCCUCCUGUUCGGCUUGGCUGCCGCGGCUCCAACGCCAACUGAAGAUACCCCGUUCGAUACGAGGGCUAUCGAGAAGAGGGCUACCGUCACCGAUGCUUGUGAUGUCGGAUACGGCACUCAAAAUGGCGGCACCACCGGUGGCAAUGGAGGAACCGUCACCACCGUCUCCACUCUGGCCCAGUUUACUGCUGCUGCUCAGUCGUCCUCAAAGUUGGUUGUAGUCGUGAGCGGUGCUAUCUCUGGUGCUGCUAAGGUCAAGGUCACCUCCAACAAGACCAUCGUUGGAAAGUCUGGUUCCAGCUUGACCGGAGUUGGCCUCACCGUCAAUGGUGUAUCCCAGGUUAUUAUCCGAAACCUCAAGAUAUCCAAGGUGCUGGCCGAUUACGGUGAUGCCAUCACCAUCCAGGCAUCCACUAACGUAUGGGUCGACCAUUGUGACCUGUCGAGUGACUUGAGCCAUGACAAGGACUACUACGAUGGUCUCGUCGAUAUUACCCAUGCGUCCGAGUGGGUGACGGUAUCCAACACUUACCUUCAUGAUCACUGGAAGGGCUCUCUGGUCGGCCACUCUGACUCCAACUCAGCUGAGGAUACCGGGCACUUGCACAUCACUUAUGCAAACAACUACUGGAGCAACAUCAACAGCCGUGGGCCCAGCUACAGAUUUGGCACUGGACAUAUUUUCAACAACUACUGGUAUUCUCUUCUCGAAACUGGUGUCAACACCCGCAUGGGUGCACAGCUUCUUAUUGAAAGCUCCGUCUUCGAAAACUGCGCUACCAAAGCUAUCUUCAGCGAUGACAGCGAUGUGACUGGCUACGCCGUUGUCAAUGAUGUUGACCUCGGCGGCAGCACCAACAGCGCACCGGCGGGCACACUGAACAGCGUGCCCUACUCGUACACCAAGCUCGGUUCUGGCAGUGUUAAGGCCUCCGUCACCGCCAAUGCUGGCCAGAAGCUGUCCUUCUAAGCAUCGACAACAAUGUAAGACAUAUGAAAGGGGAGUGGCUUGGGGUUGAAAGGAAUGCCAAUGCGCCGAAGGGCACUUGCGGAGGUUAUUAGGAGCAGGGAACAACAUGAACCACACAGUCAUUACCACCAAACUUCUGUAUAUAGUUUUGGGAGAUCUUACACUUGUCCGACUCUCCGUGCACACAUUCCU